AUGGACCCGACCUUUGACCCGGAGUAUAUGGACCAUGGAGUUGAUGCAGACACUGGAGCGGAGUAUGGGUCUUCAGGCUCGCAGGCAGAUUACGGUGAAGAAGUGGAGUUUUAUGACGGUGCAGGCAAGACGUGGGGUGUUGGGAAGACUUUCAUGGACCAAUUCAACGAGGAUGAAUAUGCUGCAGAGAGGGAGCAAAACCAAUACUUUCCUUUCGCUAGCAAACCGGACUGGGAGAUGGCAUCGUAUAUUCUUCGGUCCGAUCUUAGCAUGGCCGAAAUCGACGAGUACCUCAAUCUUGAAUUUACCAAAACACUCCCGUUGUCAUUUCGCUCUUCGCGAGAACUCCGAGGACGUGUUGAAUUGCUCCCAGCUCCCCCUCAAUGGAAGUAUCAAAAAAUCACUACCGAGUUUCCAACGACAAAAACCCUUCAAAUAUUUUAUCGGGACGCAAUCGAGUGCUUGCAGUCACUUCUCAGUCACCCACUGUUGGCCGCCAGCUUUGAUUUCAUCCCAUGCAAGGUUUACGAGUCUGCCGAACGUGCGGUUCGAGUUUAUCAUGGUUUCAUGACAGGCGAUCAUGCUUGGAACCUUCAGAAAGACCUACCUGAAGGUGCAUCCCUCCUUGGUGUAGUCCUCUCCUCGGACAAGACCAAGGUCAGCAACAUCGCUGGCAACCGUUACGCGCAUCCACUUCUUGUUAGUCUCGCCAAUAUUGAUCCUGGAGUGCGUGCCAAAGGCUCCUUACAUGCAUAUAUCCCACUUGCUUUGCUUCCUGUUGCAAAGUUCUUGCACAGGAACAAGCGCAUGCAUGGGGUUCUCGCAGACCGUUUACUUCACCAAUGUAUCGACCUCGUUGUUGAGCCAUUGAAGCAGGCUGCCCGUCUUGGCGUUAUGAUGAAUACUCCGGAGGAACUUGUAAUUGCAUGCGCCACUAUGAACUCAUCGCCUGUCACUAUGGCUACCCGUGAAGACUUUGGAGACCCAAUCCGACACCCUCCUCGUGAUGGAUCAUCAACCCUUGCCAACAUUGCAGCGAUUAUAACAUCUAUCUCACCUUCCGAUCUCAUCCCGUUCUUCGAGGCAUGCAAACGCUACAAUCUAAACGGUGUUGACUUGCCAUUCUGGAGGAAUUGGCUUACCGCAAAUCCUUCCUCCUUCCUCACUCCAGAACUACUUCACCAUCUCCAUAAAAUGUUCUGGGACCAUGAUCGUCUCUGGUGCACAACAGUGGUUGGCUCGCAGGAAAUUGAUUUUCGUUUUGCGCUCCUCCAGGUGUGCACUGGUUACCGUGCAUUCAAGGAGGGAAUCUCCGCUUUGAAGCAAGCCACCGGGCGAGACCAUCGCAACGUUCAACGGUAUAUUGUUGGCGUGAUUGCUGGUGCUGCCCCUGCCGACUUCAUAUCUGCUAUUCGGGCCCCUCAUGGAUGGUCUGCAGACCCCACUGAACAUGCGCACAUCAAGGUUGUGAAGGAGCCAGCGAGGGCAGGGAACAAUCACGACUACGACGCGCAAAUGCGUGCACAGGAGGACCACGAAAGGGACGAAGACAACGAGGGUGGUCUUGUCCAGCAUUUUGUCAAGGACUACUUUGCUUGCGCGCGCGACUCAUUAAUGGUGUUCAUCCUCAAGCUCCCCGUCCCUAUCGAACAUUCUCCACCUCAAUUAACGCUUACAUCUCAGCUAUGA